AUGAAAGUAUGUACUGUUGAAGAUUAUCUUCCAGUUAUUCUUGUUGAUCAGACGCAGUUUUGCAUCGGGAAGGAUGAGAUGUACUGGGCGAUAAAACUCUCAUUAGCCUGGGAUGAAAUGUCGACUUUGCAGGAAACAAACAAUUCAAGCUCGUCAAAUUCUUAUUUUCGUAGUAGAUUUAUCGAUGCUGCAAUAGAAAUGCAUACAGUUCUUGGAGUGAAAGACAUCGGAAGAGUUCAUUACCAGCCGAUCGUGGACGAAACAAAUUCGGUUUCUUUUAUUGUCACAGUUCGUUUUUUAAACGGAUCACAAACCGCUCAGGGUCUGACAACAAGAUGGUUGCCUUUGAACAAAAUAGUUCGCAAACGAGGAGCUUGUCAGGCGAUGGAUAUGUUGUGGGCAGAAAUUUUUAGGAUUAUCAAUUUUUUCGAGUCUUCACAUGUGAGGCUGCAAAGAGGAUUAAAGAAUCCACACAUUACAAAAGAAGAGUGGGAUUUGUUACGAUCCGUGGAUAUUAACGUAUCAAACCCUCCAACACCAGUGCAAUUCAGUUUUCACACUGCCCUUGUUAGUGCAAUAUCUCGUUUACUUAAUGAUCUCGGAAUUGAUAUUGAUCUCAUACCAAAUCAACGUAUCUAUCGUUUACAAGUUUUUCAAUUACAAUUCGACGUUUCCUUCAUAAUUCUAUUACCAAAAACUGAAGACGUCUGUACUGUGCCAAGUUAUUCUUCAUUAAAAUCGUCACCUAUACAGAAAGGUUGCUUCACACUUCCACUCCAAGUUUUCGAAGCGAUUCAUUUGUGUACGUACAAUCCGGACUUCAUCGGUAACUAUUGUCGGCUCUCACUUUUUAUCGAACAUUUCUCAACGUACAUACAACACGAACAGAGAAACAGCCUACUGGAAAAAGAUGUCGACGUUUACGCUGAUGUACUUCUAAAACUGGACGAGUUCCAACGCAGAUUAGAAAACGUUUGGAAAUCAGUGAGAUGGAUUGGUGAUGUCGCUUCUACUGCACGAAACAAACAAGCCACAGGUGUCGUACCACUGAGACGUUUGCUUACAAUCGGCAACGAAAUAAAUGACCGAGGUAGUCAAAAUGAGCAAGGAAGAAGCGAUCCAACGGAUUCAACAAGUCCAUUAUAUCUUGACCUCUGUAAUAUGUGGCCACAAAGCGUCAUCUCACUAACCAAAUCGAUAACUGAACCUUGGCUCGACAAAUGUUUACAACCAAGAAAAACUCCAACUACUGGAGUGAUUAAAGUUUACGCCGCUUACCAGUGCGGCCUUACUUGUGGUACUUCGGUUCGCCUUCAGAUAGCAUCAACAACCACUGCUAGUGAGAUUGUUGCUGUGGUCACUGAACAGUUAACUAAAGCGGCUGCAGAAGCUGGAAAAGCGAUCGAAUCUAAGGACCCAGAAGAUUUUUGUUUGGCAGUAGUUGUUGGUUCCAGAGAACGUAGACUGCGAGACGAUUUCCCACCCAUGAAAUUGCAGAAUCCCUGGGAUGACGGUCGUCUAUUUGUGAAGCGUCGUGACAGCGUCUUGGCAGCUUUGCAAAACGGUAAUGAAGCAGCUGUUUGA